AUGGAUAUUGCCAUCCAGCACCCCUGGUUCAGACGCGCCCUGGGCUCCGUCUACCCUGCUCGACUCUUUGACCAGUUUUUCGGGGAGGGCAUGUUUGACUAUGACCUCUACCCCUACACCACCUCCACCAUCAGCCCCUACUACAGACACACGCUGUUCCGCAGCUUUAUGGACUCUUCCAACUCCGGCGUUUCUGAGGUGAGGUCUGACAAAGAUAAGUUUACAGUCUACCUGGACGUCAAGCACUUCUCUCCUGACGAGCUCAGCGUGAAGAUCACCGAUGACUACGUGGAGAUCCAGGGCAAGCACGGGGAACGACAGGACGACCAUGGUUACAUCUCCCGCGAGUUCCGUCGCCGCUACCGCCUCCCCUCCAAUGUCGACCAAUCAGCAAUCACCUGCACCCUCUCAGCCGAUGGUCUGCUCACCCUGUGGGGCCCAAAGGUCAGCGGCGGGAAUGAAUCCGGACGCAGUGAACGCAACAUCCCAGUCACCCGUGACGACAAGCCCAACGCCGCCGUCUCCUCCUAG